UCAAAAUCAUGCUUUUUUUAUAAUACUCCAGAUAUUACCAAACACCAUUGGAAGCUGUUCGAUAAUAAGACAACUUGUUUCAACCAGUUGUGCCGUAAACAGUUUACAACCUUAGAAAGGCAUCACCACUGUCGCAGAUGUGGAGGAAUAUUCUGCAGCUCAUGUUUACAGUUUAGUCGCCGCCUGAACUCACUAGCUAAACCUGAUCCUGAUGGUGACUGGCACAAGGUGUGUAAAGAUUGCUUUGAGCUUGGGCAGCUCACAGAUGGUCACACACGUUGUCACACUGCAGACUUUUUCGAACUGAGAACUGAAUAUAAGAGACGAGCAGCUGCUAAUGAGACACUAGAGUUGCAUACUUGGAGAUCAAAACUGGAUAUAGACAGAGAGUGUCAAAGACUUCUGAGAGGGUUUGAACAAAAUGUUGGACACUCUGAAUUGAUGCGGACAUUGCAAGGAUUCAAAACUUUAGUGACUACGCCAGAUUGGAUGAAGUCAAGAAUGUGGAUUAGAGAAGAUUUAGCAACAAAAUGUCAGACGUGCAAUGAAGCAUUCAGCAUUACCAGACAGAAGAACUGUUGUCAUGUUUGUGGGAUUGCUGUCUGCAAAUCAUGCUCAAGUGAGGACCUUAUCAUCUAUGUUCCUGAUGGAGAGAAGGAUGAAAAGGAGUAUUGGCCACCAAAACUGGCCAUCAUCAAAAUUAUAGGGUGCCCACCUGUGGAGCCUGAAAUCUGCUGGCCGUUGCGGGUGUGUCGCUCGUGCAGGAACAUCCUGGAAGCCAGACAGGUUCAGGCUUAUGGAGAAGAGCUAAACCCAUCAGUGAAGACAGAUUUUUUAGACAGACUGCACAAACUGAAUGAGACUUUCCAAGAAGCUGAAAACCGUGUCAGGGCUCAGUUACCAAAGUACAAAGAAAUCAUAGAUUUACUGGAAGAUAGUACAAGGAAAAGCAGCAGCGGUAAUAAUGUGAAAAUCCUAGCAAAAGCACAGGGAGAUCUGGCCGAUGUCCUUGCUCAGUACGUAUCCACGGUUCAACAGCUAAAGAAGCUGAGACCGCUGACAGAAACUCAGGCAUUGCUCUUGAAACAUUUUAUCAAG